AUGAGGGUGGGAGGAGAAGUGACACAGGACCUGAUGCCAGCUGCCAAGAUGACAGAGACCCUUCAGCUGCCAGCGCUGCAAGUCCAGGAGCAGCAGGUGGAGAAGCGCACCCACGCUUGGUCCAGUUCCUCCACGCCGACCCUGCGCCGAAGGCGGUUCAGGAUGAGGCGCACCAGGAACGUCCAGGAGCCGGGCUUGGAGGCUGCAGCCUCCUCGCCCAAGGAGUUCCUCCAGCUGCCCUCCAUCGAAAUCACCCCUUCCAGUGAUGAGGAUGCGCCCUGGUCAAACUGUUCCACGCCCAGUGCCUCUCCGCGGCGCAAGCGCUUCCUCCUUCGCAAGUGGUUGAAUGUGAAGGAGAAGAAGGAGUGCAGCGAGAGCAGCAGCCAACAGAGCAGCCAACAGAGCAGUCAUGAUGAUGAUGCAUCCCAAUUCUUGAGCCCCCGAAUACGUGAUGACAGCACUGCCAGUAACUCGAACCGCAGCACUCCCGCUUGCUCCCCUAUCCUGCGCAAACGCUCCCGGUCUCCGACGCCACAGGACCCCCAAGGAGACGCCAUGGUGGAGAAAGGCUCGGACCAUUCUUCAGACAAAUCCCCUUCCACACCAGAGCAAGGUGUGCAACGUAGCUGUUCCUCCCAGUCGGGUCGUAGUGGGGCCAAGAAUUCCAAGAAAAGCCAGAGUUGGUACAAUCAUGAAAGACAGCACAUCCGGAGAGUGCUGAGUCCAACCUACAAGCAGCGGAAUGAAGACUUCAGGAAACUCUUCAAGCAACUCCCCGACACAGAGCGCCUCAUAGUCGAUUACUCCUGUGCACUUCAAAGAGACAUUCUUCUGCAGGGUCGCCUCUACCUCUCUGAAAACUGGAUAUGCUUCUACAGCAACAUUUUCCGCUGGGAAACAUUGUUGACAGUCCGUUUAAAGGACAUCUGCUCCAUGACCAAGGAAAAAACUGCACGGCUCAUUCCUAACGCUAUCCAAGUUUGCACUGACACUGAAAAGCACUUUUUCACUUCCUUCGGUGCCCGAGACAGGACGUAUAUGAUGAUGUUCAGGCUCUGGCAGAACGCCCUCCUUGAAAAGCCCCUGUGUCCGAAGGAGCUCUGGCACUUUGUACAUCAGUGUUAUGGUAACGAACUGGGGCUGACAAGCGACGAUGAAGACUACGUGCCUCCAGAUGAGGAUUUCAACACGAUGGGCUACUGCGAAGAGAUCCCGGUAGAAGAAAAUGAAGUGAAUGACAGCUCUUCAAAAAGCAGCAUGGAGGUCAAAUCUGAGCCAAGCCCUCAGCUCCCCAAGAAGUCUGUCACCAAUAGCAGCACGUUGACACCGACAGGAAGUAGUGAAGCUCCAGUCCUGUAUGAAGGAGUGGUUCCCGAGGAAGAGGAGAUUGUGGACACUCUCACAGAGAAGGAGCUGACAAUUGCAAGCCUCAUUGGAGACAAGAUAGAGAUCAUUGCCCCUGUGAAUUCCCCUUCCCUGGAUUUCAACGACAAUGAGGACAUUCCAACAGAACUCAGCGACUCCUCAGAAACUCAUGACGAAGGAGAAGUCCAGGCCUUUUAUGAUGACCUGAAUGGACGGCAGUACAUGAAUGAGGUGUUCAACUUUAGUGUGGAUAAGCUGUAUGACCUGCUCUUCACAGACUCUCCAUUUCUGAGGGACUUCAUGGAGCAACGACGGUUCUCUGAUGUUGUCUUUCACCCAUGGAAGAAGGACGAAACUGGCAAUCAGAGCAGAGUUAUCCUCUACACCAUCACCCUCACCAACCCUCUGGCCCCGAAAACUGCCACUGUCACGGAAACUCAGACAAUGUACAAAGCAAGCCAAGAGAGUGAGUGCUAUGUGAUAGACGCAGAGGUGCUAACUCACGAUGUCCCCUACCAUGAUUAUUUCUACACGAUUAAUCGUUACACAUUGACGCGUGUUGCCAGAAACAAAUGCAGACUCAGGGUUUCUACAGAGCUACGAUACAGAAAACAGCCAUGGGGGCUGGUGAAAUCCUUCAUUGAGAAGAACUUCUGGAGCGGCCUAGAUGAUUAUUUUCGCCAUUUAGAAAGUGAGCUGACCAAAACAGAGAGCACAUAUCUGGCUGAGCUUCACAGACAAUCCCCCAAAGAGAAGGCAGGUAAACAAGCCACGGUGCGCCGGAGGAAACGGCCCCACACUCACUUGAGGGGGCCACACCUGGAGGAAGUGCUGAGCCCCGUAACCACUCCCACAGACGAGGAAGUUGUAGGUCGAAUCAAGCGUGUGGCAGGUUCCACUCAAACACGGCACAUCCCUGAGGAAAGUCCCAGCAGCUUCCAUCAGCAGAGUGUCUCCAAAUUGCUGCUCAUUAUCAGUUGCGUCCUGGUGCUUUUGGUAAUCCUCAAUAUGAUGCUGUUCUACAAACUCUGGAUGUUGGAAUACACCACUCAAACCCUCACAGCAUGGCAGGGCCUGCGACUACAGGAAAGGCUACCCCAGUCUCAGACAGAAUGGGCCCAGUUAUUAGAGUCACAGCAGAAGUAUCAUGACACGGAGCUCCAGAAGUGGCGGGAGGUCAUCAAGUCGUCCGUGAUUCUUCUAGAUCAGAUGAAGGACUCACUCGUAAACCUUCAGAAUGGUAUCGGGUCUCGUGAAUACCGGUCAGAGCCAGAUGAGAAACGAAAACGCUUCUACUAGCAGGCAGGAAUGCAAGCGGCCAGAAGGAUUGUGUGCAAUAUGUGUACAUAGAACAUAUAUAAAUAUAUAUAUAUAUACAGAAUAUAAAUAUAUAUAUAUUAUAUAUAUACAGAUUUUAAAAGAGAAAAAAAAAAAGCCGAUGUACUGAGAAGAAAGAGCGGUGCCGACCGACCUCCAGCACUUGAUGAAAUGGAGCGUCACAGGAUGUGGCACGGUUGUGCUCUCCUAGCACUGAGGCAUUGUGGGAAAGCGCAGCUGGUGCCAUCCUGGGCCCACGCACCUCUCUUGAUAUUUUCCUGGCUAUCUGUUUGUCUGUCUCCCUCCCUCCUCCUCUCUCUGUCUGUCUGUCUGGUCUCUCUAUCUGGGUUUUUUUUUUUUUCAUUCAAAAGGAAGGGGGAAAAACCCAGAGGGAGCGAAAUCCCCUCACGCCCAUCUUGAGCUGAAGGUGAACGAAUGUUUCAAAGAGGCUUUGUCAGCUCUUGCGUUUGGGAGAGUUGCUGAGGAGGAUGACGUCACUUCCUCUUGACAUCACUUCCUCCAUGUGAAUGUUGUCACCAGGCUCUACAGGUGGCUCUGAUCUAAUCGUUCCUUUGACAGCAUUCUUUUACAGGGUUAUCUCUUUGUUUUUUCCCCUUGCCAGUCUGGCUUGGUGCAUGCUGUUCUCACCGUCUGCAACAUGAGCUAAGUGUAGCAGCUUCAUUGUGUCAUGGAAUGAGUUUGAUUGAUGAGAUAGGUAGGAAAGGAUCCCUCGUGAAAUAUCCCCACCACCACCCCAUGUUCCGUUCAGUCCCUGGUGCUAACUCUCUUCAUGCGGGAGGAGUUAUGCGAAUGUAUCUCCCCCCUUUGAUGUCCGAGUUUCUCCGAUGGUUCUGCAUUUGCAUCUUCAUAUCCUACGUAUCGCAGGGAAUUGCUGCUUCACUGAAAGGGCUAUACGUACACACACAUGUCCUUACUAGACGUAGAAGGGGAGUCCAACCCGAGAUUCAGAUUGACAGGGAAUCCCUUUUAUUGUAAUGCAUUUCCAGAAGUUCCUCUGCUAAAAGCAGAUGUGUUGCAGCCUGCAAUGGGCCUCAGAACUUACCAAGGGACUUAAAAACAUGAGCCUCCUGCUGCUGAUAUCCCCGCCUGAGUUCACAAGGGCCUUAUGCAUGGAUUUAUCUGCAUCUUCUAAACUCCAAGACUGGAAGCAGGCAUGUACAUUUCCAGACAUGUAAAUAUAUGGACAUGCCCUCUUUCAGGCUUGAAGUUGAUGGUACCUGCUCAUCAUUGGUGUAUCAUGUAUUUUUAAGCGGGAGUCACUGAGGGUCUCACCCUCAAUGGUAGGUGCCAAGUUGCCAAUAUGAAACAUCUUUCUGAAUCGGGGCUCUUUAAAGUGGUCCUUUGCACCCUUCCUCAGCAUAGAAUAGUUGACCGUUUCUGGACGACAAGGAGGUGAAGAGGUUUUAUCUGAAGGACUGAGCGGUGGUGUCUUCUCCUUGGCUGGCUUAGCACAGCAGUCAGGGCUGAGCUGUGGGCAGGGUUGUAGAAGAGACAGACAGCUGUGUGGCACGGGAGUGAGGAGGUCCUCUGGGGCCACCUUCUUGAGUCCAAGGCUCUCCUGCCAAUGCCAGGAGAGCAUGUUGAGGAGCCCAUGUGCAGUCCUGUUUCUAGCAAGUGCUCAGACAAUAAACAAAUCUAUCCAUGCACAGUAGCAAAGCUGUGUCUUCACCCUCUCAGAAAGGAGAAGUAGGGAAGAACGACCUUCUGAGGAUUUUUUGCUAGAUGGACAAGCUAAUUGGCAAAAUACAACAAAUCUUGGGUAGGGUGGAAGGGCUCAUUGACACCUUUUUAAAAAUAUUGUGAACACCUGAGCAGCAGAUAUUGAUCAGGGUAAGAAUGGUAGACUUUCUUUUGUGUGUGUGUGUGUGUGUGUGCGCGCGCGCGCAUGUGUGGGUGGGGAGAAAACAGAUGUCAGAGCUGGGAACACCAUUGACAACAGAUCUGAGAGCCUUUGGAGAUGUUACUUGCAUAAUUUAUUGCAUUUCUGUAUACAUGUAUAUUCUUAUAUAAUGCUGCUGAUUCCUUGGCAAUCUUUAGGAUGCCCCCAUUUGCUGCUUGUAUAGGUUCCACAGAAGUGUUUAAUAGCCUUUUGAGGUGGGUGGUGGGUGCAGGGAAACGGCAGGCCCAGAAAUUCUAAUUGGGCACACCACACCCAGCUUUCCCCCUCAAAAGGGCUCCUCAGUCAAAAUGCUCAAAUGCUGAGGUUCUGGUUGGAGACUAUGAAGGAUCUUGAAAGAAAAGAAAGAUGUUUCUCUUCUAGAGCACCAGUAGCAAGAUUGCUGAGCAAGUGUGUUCUUUUUUUCUGAAACAUAUCCUUGUCAGCAAGAAUCUUUUCUUUUCUCUGGUUUGCAGGACAGACUAAAGAAAAAAUGUCGUUUCCCCCCCCCCCCCCCGUAUUUGCUUGGUUCUAGGAGAACUCAUCCAGGGUGCACACUUUCCCCAAGCGAGCACUCAACAAACAUGCUUGCCCCCAAAUUUCAGCAAACAAUCUGUCAAACUCUUGGGACAGAGUUAAGCAUGGUGGGGAGAGGAGUAUCUCUCUCCGUUCUUGUUUUGGAGAGCGUCUUAUGUCUUACCCCAUCGAUUUCUCCCUUGGGAGGGUGGCUUUUACUUGCUGACUAUACAGACCAAUGAUAGAUGUCAUUGUCCAGGGGCCUAAAUGUGCAUGUAUUGCUCCCGUGUGCAAGCGGCCCCAUUAAUUUGUACAGAGCAAGCACAUUUGCAUGCACAAAAGAGCCUAUAUGUAACCCUUUCCCCAUCGUCAGAGUGAAUGGAGCUGCUGUUGCAGGUGAAGGAAAGGUUCCUGUAUGUCUCUGGGAAUCAGUUUUGGGGAGACAUGUUUGGGAUUUAAAGAAAGGUCCUCUUGUAUGCAAGUGCCCUCAAUUUCACUGAGGCACACUCGUUUGUUUAGAUCGUGCCUAAAGGGUAUAAUCCAGAGACAGGAAGGGUUGGAUUUUAUUAAAUUUAACAGGGUUUAAAUGUUAUUUAUAACAUUUUCCCCCUCCCCUGGAUUGUACCCAACCUGGUUUUAGAUGUCAUUGAGCCAGAUAUGAUGGCUUCCCUUCAUUCUUUGGGAUGCAAAGUUUUGGUAAUCAUCCUUGCUGCUGUUAGCUUGUGCUGAUGAAAGAAAGGUGUAAUAAGCACACUGACUCCUUUGUACCUGUGUGCUUUCUGUAUCCUGCACAUCUUCGGGCAAGCAACUUUUGAGGAAGGCCAUCCUUAAAGGACAUUUGUAACCAGUAACUCCGGUCUCACGCACGCUGUCGAAAUUUCAUCUCCAACGAGCGAUUUCAGCAUAACUGCACAGGAAAGCCAGCGAAUGUCGCGAACAGCUACAUUCGGGACUUAGCCCAAUUAACCUCUCAUUUGUCGCGUCCAUGGUUGGCAUCUCAAUCUUAUCAUCUGGACGGGCUCCGAGGUACUAGUGAAUUUUAAGCCUAGCCCGUUCUUCUUUUGGGAAAUGCUAGAUGUGAACUCCCGGUCUGCAAAAUGACCUGGGUGAUACCGUCUGUUUCAUUGCUUCCCAGAUGUUGACCCCUGGUCUCUCUACCUCCUCUCUUCAUUUCUCCUCUCAUUCUCAGGCCUCAUGCUUAUCGGAAGACACAGAUGGAUCUAUUUUUGUGCCAUAACACACACCCCUUUCCCUCCUCGAGAUGUGCAAAUCAGCCAAAUUGGAGUGUUCGCUCUCACCCUGACUUGCUGAGUGGCAACCAUACACCUUCCUUAUUGAGAGAAGGUGCUGGUUUCACCAUUAGCAGCUAGUCCUCCCCUUACUCCCUGGAAAGAAGCAAAACUCAAUAGCAUCUUCCCUUUCUAUGCAUUCUGUCCCGGUUCCACCUCCUCUUUGCCUAGGUGUGGUACAAUCCUUCUCCUCUUCCUUUAGAAUCGUAGGGUCUCGGCCCUACGUGGGCUGACCCGGUGCUCCCCCUGGCGUCUGCUUUCCUUCUUGCGGCAGCGGUGGGUUCUGAAACAAAUGUGUUACACUGCAGUCAGGAAAACAAACUCUCCUUCCUUUCUUUGGAAGGAACGACAUUUGCACAUGGCUCAGAGUUUCUUCCCUCUCUGACCAUUCCCCCCCCUUAAUUACCUCACUUGGGUUAAUUUUGUUGCUAGGUUUUGAAGGGCUGGCUUUCCAACCUCAGCUUCACAUUAGAUUUUUUGGAUGGUGCUUGGGUGACUUCCCCAUGCUUCAGACUCCCCUUGCAGAUCCAGAGUCUUGGAGUCCGACUUCCAAGGCUGCCGGACAAGUGGCCAGUUCCAGAUUGUCCCCCCAUGUGGUGGUGACGACGAGGACUUGAAAGCCCCCUCUCUCCCUCCUUCACGUCCCUCCACCCCACCUUCAGCACGAACAUCUGGCCUAGACCCUGGCAACUCUUUCUCAGAUGCGUGUGUGUUUCCUCAGCCACAUUUCAGCCUGCUCAACGGAGGAGGGUUGAGGGCUGGGAGACAGAAAGGGAACAGACUACAAGGCCAAGUAGCUCCCCCUUUCCCCUCUCCGAAAUAUUUCUUGCAGCUGGAAGAGUCUGCAGUGAUAAGACAUAACUGGAGCAGAAGGAACCCUAGUUGUGUCCGUAGGAGUUGUCUGGCUAUCUGUGUGUCUGAUUCUGUAACUAUAAUCAACUUUGCGCUGUGCGCAAGGUCCAAUACAAAUUGAUUUAAAAAAAGAAAAACCAACAACCACAAACUUGACUGCUAGAACCUAGGAGUUAUAAAGGCUACAAAGCCAAAAUCUUAAUGUAAAGUAGCUAGAGAAAAAAAAUGGAAUAAAAGUAUGAAUAAAAUAUAAUGAACA